GUCCGCGUGGAUUGUUCUUCGGGUCCUCCGGUUUUUUCCUCCACAUAUAGAAACAUGCGUUUAGAGUAUUUGCCUGUAGUACAUUUCCACUUUAUAAACCACUUUCGUUGAGCUAUCAGUUGUGGCCAGGUCGCUUCUGAAAAAGAGCUACCAUAGCUCAGUGAGCCUUGCCUAAAUAUUUUAAAUAAAGUUCACAAUAACGGUACCAGUUCUCGGUCCAACUCAAUGCAUGGCACAUGAACACAGAUGCAACUCCAACGGUGUCUUUGCGACUAUACAACUUCGCGAAAGUGAACUAUUCAUACGGAUGACAAUGCGGGCACUCAAAGGAGAAAGGCGAUGGAAUGAGUGCGGUUUGCGAGUUGUGUUAAGUGGCAAUUAUAUUUCAGAAUGUAAGCUGGCCCCGAGAAACGAUGAUGGAGCAGUGGUACUAUUCUGCUCGUGGGAGAAUGUGAAAGGCAAAAUAUCCUCGACACACGCGUGGUAGAGUUUUUGGGUCCCAUGGAUGGCGUGCUUAAACGGCGGAUUUUGUUUCAGUUAGGAAUGAAUCGAGUCAGCUGUAUCGGCAAGGGAUAUUACCUCAUUUGCACAUAAUUCUGGUGCUAAAGUACCACUAUGUGCGAAAAUAAACAAUCUUAUAUCACCUUUGCUACGGUUGAAACAUCCGCAAACAUUAGCCUGGAAUAUCCCGUAACGUUCUGCACCGACUCCGGUCCCACUUCGCCAACAAACAGUGGGAGUAACAGCGGCGUUCGCAGCUCAAUCCUCAACCUUGUCGCCAACCCCCGAGUGUAUUGCGCAACACACCCUCUCCCCUAAUCUCCCAUCCAAUCCCCUGCUUUGAUUCACUUGCUACGUGAGAAUAAAACGCGGCUAUUCACGAGCACAACUCCCAUUCAUCACUGGCGAGGAGCGCACAAAGUCGGCAUGCAAAGGAGCAGCAUUGUGCAGGGCGGUGCGUCCCGCAAUUAUGAAGGAGCCGAGUCGCCGGGAGGAGACUCCCACUCCACGCGGGGUGCUGCGAGCCGCCCGAGGCAGGCCUUGUCCCGAAACGUCAUUCCGCGCGAAGACGCCACGGCGGCGGCGGGGGCGGCGGCAGAGCGGAGCCACUGCGCGCACCGGCGUGGAGACCUCUUGCAGGUGCCACGCACGCUCUUCACGCACGUGGGCAUCUACCUGGGCGAGCAGAGGGUCGCGCACUUCUUGCCCGACGUGCUGCCGCUGCUGACGAGCGAUACGCGGCGCGUCCGGAGCGUCGUGACCAACACGCGCCUCGUGCUGGGCUCCGUGGCCCGUAACGGCACGGUCCGCAUCGACGCCUACGACGACUUCGUGUACGGGGCACCGACCGUGCUGGUGAACGCCACCGACUUCGCGGAGAUGCACGAGGAGAACGGCGGGAAGAGCGGCGGCGGCGGCGGUGGCGGCGAUCGAGCCGUGCUCAAGAAGGAGCGCAGCCGCCCUUUGCCCGCGGAGGAGGUCGCAAGUCUAGCCGAGAACUUUCGCGGCGAUUGCGUCUACUCGCUGUUGUGGAACAACUGCGAGCACUUUGCCACGCAUUGCCGCUACGGAUCGGCGUGGAGCGACCAGACCGAGCAGUUUUGCGCAUUCAUCAAGGCGUGCAUCCGAGAUAAGCGCAGCGUGCUCUGCGGAGUCUCUCUCGGCGUGCUGCUCUGUCUCUACUGCGGAGCGUCUCUGCCCCUCGCUCUGACCACGUUCCUCUUCAACAUCCUCCUGUGGAUGGCUGGGUAAACCCCGCUCAGCCGCCUCCGUCUCUUCCUCACGAGACCAACGAUGAAGAUGAAGGCGUCAUCGUGGCCAAAGCUGUUGAUGCUGUACCAGGACACCUCCUCACCAACGCUGUCUCCCCUCCGCAGCUCCUGAGAGUCGACAAGCGACCUCCACGAUCUGUCCUCACAAUAUCCCACCAUCUGGCCUUAGGCUCACAUUAAGACCACUACACUCUUAUAAUAUCAAGACCUCUAGACUCAUAUAGAGACCUCUAGACUCACAUAUAUACCUCUAGGCUCACAUAGACAUCUCUAGACUCGCAGAGACAUUUAGACUCAUAUAGACCUCUAUACUCACAUAUAGACCUCUAGACUCAUACAGGCACGCAGACUCACAGAAAUCCACAGACUCACACAGAGACCCACUGACUCACAGGAGCAGUCUCAUUUGCACCAGUGGCGACGUGGAAGUGACGGAUUGCUACGUUGCUGUCCACGUGUGCGUAGCUAUUGGGACUGCGAUUUCAGGUGAAUGUGAUGCGACGCAGUCUACACAUGGAGGCAGUGGGAACAUCUCCUGUACACACAAAAUAAAUCCCGGGUGAGAAAAAAACACCCAGGGAUGUUUGUCUUUCCCCCUUGCCAUGUUUGUGUGUAAUGCACCGUGUUGAUCUUCAUCCGUUUCGUUGCCUUCUUCAGAGACAGUUCAGUUUUACUUGGGUCUCGAUCCCAGAUCGAUAAAGUGUCAACCCUUCACCAAAAUGUAACGCUCACUGUGAAGCAGACAUAUGGCACGUAUCUGUGGUUGAUACAUCUGCAGUAUUAACCAGUGCGGCCUGUAGGAAUCAAAUCGCAAGCCUCUACAACAAGCGGCGAUGACGCUGCCAUGUCACCCUCGACACACCAUUACACACGGGAUAAAACUCACACGCUCACAACAAUGUUCUCCAGCUGUGUAGCCUUUGAGUCUGUGAAAGCAGGAGCUGUUAGUAUACACCUAUUAAUAUUGGCAUGCCUGCACCGGUUUCUUUCAUUUUAAUUUGGCCUCAGAGAGUGAACAGGUCGGGCUCAUACCACACGGGACCAGUGCCGCCUCUGCCGCUUCUGCUUAACGUGUGCGCGAGAUUAUAACGGCGUAGCUCGUGGUUAACGUGUGCGAGAGGCGCACGGGCGGCGUACCCGCGAGGUUGUUCACACAGCCCUUUAAACCUGCUCCGGGGCACCUCCUCCAAUCGGCUGCGCGUGUACGAGUGACGCCCCUGCCGUCCGACCCCGGGUCCCGCGCGUCGGUGAGCAGUAACACCACCCCAGGACACGGAAGAGGGGAGCAGUGGAUCCCACAUGAGCGAGGGGACGGGGGUCAGCCUCCCCGACAAAUGCAGCUUACAAUGGUGGGUGGCACCGUGGCUUAUCAACCUGUGCCCCUCGACUCGUCAUCAUUCGAGUCGUGGAGAACGUAAGAUAGGCAGACAAUACACCAAUACAAUACACAUCCGUCACUCCACAUGGAAAUUAACGUAUUUUCACACAUCCCAUUCGCCACUUGGCCUUUUGGUAGUUUUGAGCCUUUAGGCCUGUGCUCAGCAAAUAUGUUAAAAACAAAUUUAAGUACUCAGUAAAUGUGAAUUGUAGGCACAGUCAGUGCAAUGGCAUUAAUUGGGUUUUUAGCAGCUAAAGGUUUUGGUUAUUGAUUAAAAAAUAUAGAAGAAGGAAUCUGACUUUCAUUCGGAAUCUAUUUGGUUUCAAAAUGUUUUUUUUUAAUUCGACGAAUUAGAAGGCCGUGUUUCCCACUUCUUUUUUCGAGCAAACCUCUUAUUAUUAGCUCAAAAGUGUCGCUUUUGCAGUUCAUUGGAAUCUGCAGCACAACAUAGCCGUGACCCCUGUGACGUCACCAGCUCAUUAGCAUGCGUCGCGGAAUCACGCCACGCGUUUUCCACUUCUAAUUUUCGUUGGGCAUGUGUUGUGUUGUCCAUAUUCGGUGGAAAUUCCCCCCCCCCCCUCCCCAAAAAAAAAACACACCACACUCGAAAGCGGUGAUAAUUAAUGUAAAUAUUUUACCAUAAUGUGUGUGUAAUAAAACACUUCUACGACGAA